AUGAAACAUGGUAAAUGUUCUAAGUUUUUCCCUAAAAAGUUCAAUGAGACUACCAUUGUUGAUCAUGAGGGUUAUCCAGUUUACAAGAGAAGUUCACAAACUUUUAAUGUUGUUAAAAAUGGUAUUACCUUGGACAACAGGUCUGUGGUUCCGUAUAAUACCAGGUUACUCCUUAAAUAUCAAGCUCACAUCAACAUGGAGUGGUGUAACCAGAGCACCUCAAUCAAAUACCUGUUCAAGUAUAUACACAAGGGAUACGAUCGAAUCACAGCAUCUGUUUCGCGAUCGGGAACUUUAUCCAAUAAUAGUGAGAAGGUAAUUGAUGAAAUUAAGGAAUACCUUGAUUGUAGAUACGUAUCACCAGCUGAAGCAUGUUGGCGGCUAUUUUCAUACAAGAUUCAUGGAAGGAAACCUGCUGUUGAGCGUAUGUUCUACCAUCUAAUCGGUGAAAAGCCGUUGUACUACACUGAUUUUGAAAGGAUGGAAAAUGUUUUAGAAAAAGCAAAUAUAACAGAAUCUAUGUUUACUUCGUGGUUAAUUGCAAAUGGUCAGUUUGAAGAUGCAGCACAGUUGACAUAUGGCCAGUUUGUUUCUAAGUUUGUAUAUGUGAAAAAAACCCGCUCAUGGAAACCAAGAAAAAAAGGUUUUACAAUUGGAAGGCUCAUUUGGGUUCCACCAACUACCGGGGAACUCUAUUAUCUAAGGAUGAUGCUAACCGUUGUGAGAGGACCAAAAACUUAUGAAGACAUUCGCAAGAUCGGAGACAAAGAAUACGACUCAUUUAGGGACGCAUGCUUCGCAAUGGGAUUCCUGGAAGAUGAUCGAGAAUAUAUAGGCGCUAUUAAAGAGGCCAGCCAAUGGGGAUCUGGACAUUUCUUGCGCAAAUUAUUUAUUGUUAUGCUUCUUUCUGGGACUGUAAACAAACCCGCAUAUGUGUGGAACAAAACGUGGGAACUGCUAUCGGAUGGAAUCUUGCACACCCAAAGAAUUUUGGCAUCAAACAAAGCUUUGGUGCUGACCGAGGAACAAACAAAGACUUUGACAUUAAUUGAAAUCGAAAAAUUGCUGCAAGCAAAUCGCAGGAGUCUUAAAGAUUUCAAGCCUAUCCCAUAUCCAGAUGAGUAUGUACUGCAACAAUUGGGAAAUCGAUUGAUCUAUGAAGAAAGAAAUUAUGACAUCGAUCUUAUGAAGUCUGAAUUCCAUAAACUUUUCACUGCUCUAACAGAUGAACAAAGGAAUAUUUUUGACAAGAUAAUGUUUGCUGUUAACAAACAAAAAGGGGGUGUAUUUUUCUUACAUGGUUACGGAGGCACUGGUAAAACAUACAUGUGGAAAACACUUGCGACUGCGUUGCGUUCUAAACAUCAGAUUGUUUUAGCAGUAGCUUUGAGUGGAAUAGCAUCAUUGUUGUUGCCUGGGGGCAGAACAGCUCAUUCUAAGUUUAAAUUGCCUGUGCCCACAUUGGAAAACUCGACGUGCAAAAUUGAAUAUAAUGAUGAGUACGGACAAUUACUUCGAGAAACCGAUUUGAUCAUUUGGGAUGAAGCCCCUAUGGCAAGCAAAUUCUAUUUUGAAGCACUUGACAAAACCUUAAAGGAUGUUAUGAGUACCGGUAGCAAUUCUACACUAAUUUUUGGUGGAAAGGUGGUAGUAUUUGGUGGAGAUUUCAGACAAAUCUUGCCUGUUAUUCCUAGGGGUAGUAGAUCCGAUAUUGUUCACGCUACUAUAAAUGCGUCGUAUAUAUGGCACUCAUGUCAGGUUUUGACUUUAACCAAAAACAUGCGAUUGAAGGGGGGCAGGACUGAUGAAGAAAAGAAAGAAAUUGAUCAAGUUUCGAAAUGGCUUUUAAAAUUGGGAGAAGGCCGACUUUCUGAGCCUAACGAUGGUGAUGCUGAAAUUGAUAUUCAGCGUGAAAUCUUGAUAGAACAGUUUGAUGAUCCUAUUGUUGCUAUUGUUAACAGUACAUACCCUGCUUUCUUGGAUAACUUUAGAUCUUUCGAUUACUUGAAAAGUCAGGCUAUAUUAGCAUCAACAAUUGAAGUUGUUGAACAAAUUAAUAAUCAUGUUCUAAACAAAUUAAUAAUCAUGUUCUAA